AUGCAUCCAUUACCACAAUUAAUUAAAAUUCAAUUAGUAAAAGAUAUUGGUGUUGGUAUUAUUGUUGGUGUUGGCGCUGGUUGUCUUUUCAAGUUUGGUUAUGUUGCUAACAAUGUUAGACAAAGAGAAGAAUAUUACAGACAAUUAGAAAAUAAUAGAGAAUAA